GUACUCUGCCACUCUGUACUCGAUAUCAUCAUGGCCUCGUUUAUUGGCUUUUCUCGAAUUUUCUCACAUGCAGCCAAUAAUUGUUUUAAAAAAGUAAAUAAAAACUUACUUGCUCCGCAAAAUUCUCCAGUCCACAGGUUAUGGAGUCAACAGGUCGCUGAAAUAUAUCAUUAUUUGCCGUGGAUCCGCGAUCCUCCAUUGUACCGAACGGUGGUUCCAAAUACAACCGAAGAGGAUGAAAAAUUGGCGAAUGACGUAAUAGCAGAGAUCAAUAACCAGAUUGCAACUGAAAAAGCAGGUCGGCUUUUCGCAGUAGUUCAUCUAUGCGGUAAACAGUUUAAAGUAACCACCAACGACAUCAUAGUUGUCCAGGGUUACUGGCCUCCGAAUCCUGGGGAUAGACUAUUCCUUGAAAAAGUAUUACUUGUGGGUGGCACUGACUUUUCCCUCGUCGGAAAACCCAUACUCAGUAAAGAGUUGGUUUCUGUUGAUGCCACUGUCAUUGAGAAAACCUUUUCUACCACCAAAACUCAUUUUAGAUUCAAGCCAAGGAAACAGUACCGCAGGAUAAACUUUUGUAGAAUUCAGUAUACGAUGCUGAGGAUAAAUUCAAUCCAUGUGAUUGGAAAGAUUGGAGAGAAGAAGGAAGUGGAAGGACUUGAUAGAGUUUAUUAAAGUUAGAAUAAGUGUAUAAAUCUUUAAUUUGUAAUGUACUGUUGUUUGUAUGAAGAAUAUCUGAUGAAUUAUGUGUAUAUUAUAAAAAACCGUUUUUAAAUCGGUCGGAUCCGAAAUAAUUGAGUCGACAAUAAGAUUUCUGUAUAUGCACUAAUAAGUUCCGAUAAUAAAUGAAUUAAUGAAUUAAAAAA